CAUCAAUUAGAGAGAGAGAGAGAGAGAGAAUCUGCGCAGAAAUGGAAAGCGACGACGAGGUUCUACUAUCUUCGUCUCCGUCAAGGGCUUCUCCUCCGGUUCCUGAACGAAAGCUGAAGCGCUUGAAGAAAGCAAUUAGGGUUUCUCCAGAUGCCCAACUCGAACGGUCCAACAGUGUUCCUUUGAUGGCGGAAGAGAAUUUCUCCCAAUCCGAAGCCCUAAAUUUUGGUGAAUCGGAACAGCAAUUGUCGUCUGGUUCGGGAUCGGAGGAAUUCGAUGACGGAAAUGUUUUGGAUUCUGGUUUUCCUGGUUUUGAUGGUGAGAAAGAUGGUUCCGGGGCUAAGAGAGCUUUGGAUUUCGAGGCUUUGGGAGAGGAAGCUGAUGAGAAUGGCGAAGAUCGAAGCAAGGAGAUCCGAGAGGAAAGUGCAGAUGUAUCAAUGGGGGAAUUUGAGAAGAAACGGCGUAGUCCUGAUCCUCUCGAGGAAGAGAAAGACAAUAAGAAGAAAAGGAAAAAGAGUACUGAGGGUAGUGGCGACGAUGAGAAGAGCAAAGAUACUUCUGCUAACAAACGGAGGUCGGAGAAGGAAAGAAGAGAUUAUCUAAAGCAACUCCACGCUGAAUCUCAGCGACUUUUGCGAGAAACUAGAGAUGCGGCAUUUAAACCUGUACCACUUGUUCAAAAGCCUAUAUCUUCAGUUUUGGAGAAGAUUCGACAGCGAAAACUGGAGGUUUCCAAAAAAUCUUUCAGUAUAACUAGCACAUCUUUCAUUGAUGAUGAUAACGAUUCCUCAAGGGAAGUUACUGUAAUCCGAAAUACAGAAAAUACUCGUGUAGAUGAGAGAGAAGAUAAUAGAGUUUCGGCAGCAACAUGUAAGGAGACUAUUUCUCGUCCUACUGAAGCUGAGGGUAGCAUCAACGUGCUGAACACGGAUGAAUCUAAUGAUAGAGUGAGACCCAGCAGCAUAAAAGUUCCUCGGAUGGUUGUGGGUGAGGAAUCCAAUCAAUCAUUUCGAGCUCCUAUUGAUGAUACUCAGGAGUUGUUUUCUGAUUCCCAAUCAAGUGACUCGAAAAAUGAGGCACCAAGCAGUCCUUUGGAAGAGGUUUUUGUACCGUCAGAACUUGUAAUGAACUUACAGCUUGACUCUGCACCUCCUGAUGAUGUUUCUUCCGAUGAAGAAGACAACGACAAAGAGAAUGUUGAUCCCGAUCCAAGUGAAUCGGCUGACUUGGCUUCGUCUCCAAAAGGCAAUCCUGUCAAAGCUUUUGUUGAUGAUGAAGCUGAAGAAGAAGAUGACAGUGACAAUGACCUGCAGCGAUUUAAAGAUAAUGAUGAUGAUGAGGAUGCUGAAGAUCUUGAGGAGCUUAAUGAAAUGAUAACCGCCGGGUAUGAAGAAAGACCUGUUGAUAGUGAAAGACGUAAUGAAUUUCAUCAGCAAUGGCUUGAACAACAGGAUGCAGCUGGAACAGAAAUUCUGCUGCAGAAACUUAAAUAUGGAUCGAAACAUAGAGAAACAACUUUGGUUGAAGAGGAAGAAGAUAAAGAAGAGAAUGAAGAUGGCGAGUUUGGCGAUGAAGAGGCAGAAGAGUUGGCUCCAACUGAUCCUGUGAGAAUAAAUUUGCGCAAAGUAAAGCAAAUGAUUCCUCAAAUGUUUACAGACAACAAUGACGCAUACUUAUCUGAUGAUGAGGAAACGGAAAAGAGGCUUGCUAAACAGUGCCUGCUCCAGAAAGUGGAAGAGCAGGUUACUUUCUUGUCACCAGCAGAGGACGAAAGUUCUAGAGAAGUUUUUGGUCGUAUAAAAAAGCUGAAUAUUGUGCCGGAACUGAAGAAGAGAGCUAAAACACAUACCUAUUUUGAUAUGUCACUCAUGGGAGUAAACAGAAACAUUUCAUCAAAGCCAUCUUUCCUAGGCCGGAGUUCCAGUCAUUGUUUACCAUCAUCCAGAAAGCAAGGAUCGAUGACUGCUCGUUCCUUUAUCUUUGAACGAGACGAUAGCAAUAGUAGGAGCACAACAUCAGACUUAGAGGAUUCUUCUGAAGCGAUUCAGAGGGAGAACCGAGCAAGGACGGCUUCUGUCAAGUUCAGCAACUCACAAAGAAAGACUCUUCCUCAGAACUCCUCACCAGUAAUGAAGUCAGAUACUUCAUUAUUUGAUAUAUUGAAGAGAACUUCCUUGACAUCUAAGCGGCGCACAGUGGAUAAUGUGGUAACCCAGACCGAGUCUAUACUAGCCUCAUUCAAGUUGGCUAAGAAACCAGUGAAACCAAAGGAAGAUCGCAUCUUAUAGCUAAAGACUUGAAAUGUGAUGCUUAAUCUUCUGAUUUGCUUCUGUGAUUUACUCGUAUUCCGUUCGGUGAAGAAUUGGG